CCUAUGAAAGAGACAAUCAGCACCAAGAUGAAGCUGAAGGAGACCCAGGUAACGGACAGGAGCCUCAGGAACAAGGGCACCGGGAAGCUGACCCAGAAUCUGAGGCAGAUAGAGCAGCUGUGGAGGAUAUAAACCCAGCGGAUGACCCCAAUAAUCAAGGCGAAGAUGAAUUUGAAGAAGCUGAGCAAGUGAGAGAAGAAAAUUUGCCAGAUGAAAAUGAAGAGCAAAAACAAAGUGAUCAAAAGCAAGAGAAUGCAGAAAUGGAAGAGCACUUGGUGAUGGCAGGCAAUCCAGACCAGCAGGAGGAUAAUGUUGAUGAGCAGUACCAGGAAGAGGGAGAAGAGGAGGGUGAUGAUAAAAACAAUGAUGGAGAAGAGCAAGAACCUCGAGAUGCCACCCGCCUUAAAGGCAGAGAGGAACACUAUGAAGAGGAGGAAGAGGAAGAAGAUGGGGCAGCUGUUGCUGAGAAAUCACAUCGGAGAGCUGAAAUGUAGCUGUGCCAAUUUCCAGGUGAUACUCAGCCAACAAGUUUUUCAAGCUGCUCUAAAAUAAACCUGCCUACUGAACUCUAGAAUAUUUAAAUACAAAAAAAUAAGGGUUUAGACUUUUUUAACUUUUGUAUUAGAAAUGCUUCUACAUUUAUAUGAAAAUAUUUUGGUAACUUAGGUUAGAAUAUCUUUUAUAGUCAAGCGAAACAUGAACAAGCAGAAAAACAAUAAAGCAUACCUUAGGCUCUGAAUCUCAUUUCUCAUAAAUCCUGUGAGGUUGGAAAGAGUGUUGCUUUUGUGUAUGUUCUAACUUGUUACCUUUAUGCCUUCUAGUUUCCAGGUGUUCUGCUAUCUGCCUUAGAUAAAACACAGGAUUUAAAAUAAAAAGUACUGAAAAAUGCUGUGCACACUUUGAGGAGGGUGGCUAGCUUAUUAACUGUUGCUUUUCUGACAUUCUUAUGUAUAGUUAUAAUAGAAUUUUCACUUGUCUGUGUAUGUUUAGAAUGAAAUCCAUGUAGAUAGAGUGACAUGCAAUUGGAAAAUUUUUGUUUUAAAGAUAGUUUCUCAAAUGUUUCAGAUCAGUUAGAAAAAUGUUUGCCUUUUCCUUAAAACCACAACUGUUCUGCUUGAGUGGAAUUGAAUUUAAAAGUGGGAUAAUUCAAAAACUCAUGUACAAGUAUCCCAGACUUAGUCUGGUGGUUUGGUAUUAGAAAUGUAUGAUACAUCCAUGUAUUAAUGUUUCUGAGGGACUGAUAACUUGUCAAAAUACUAACUUAGUAUGUAUGUGUGCUGUUUUCUAUGUGAGCACCCAUUCACCUUGUCUUUGUCCUGAGUCACCUAUUAAUAUCAGUGUCUGGUUCUCCACAGUAAAAUGUAUCUCUCCUGUAAUCUGUGUUCCUCAAAGUAUGAUCACUUCAAUGACAAUUAUCAAUAAGAAGGCAUGCAAUGCAGUAGGAUUAUUUUACAAAACCGUUUGAUGAAAUAUAUAAGACCUUCAUGGCUUUUCUGCAUGCUGGAAAUUGGUCUUCCUUUUUCCUACACACAAGGCAUUUUAAUGACUAUGAAUUAUAACUGAUCC